UGGCAAUGUCGCAAGAUCAAAGGAACCAAAAAUAAUUAUUUCAUGUAUGCAAUUUACAAUUCCUCGGUGCAUUUUCAAGUUCUAGAAUGAUACAAGCACCAGUCCUCUUCUCGCAUACCUCAAACCUUAUUAGUACAAAUUUUUGCGCAAAAUUGUUAUAUUCAAGCUUCAAUUCGUGACUUAUAUAUGUCGUGUGUUUCUAUGGAUAAAUUUUGUCAUUGAUUGAUAUUUGAUAGAGUAAAUUAUUAUGCGCACCAACUGUUUGUUAAAAUUCUUGAGACUUGCUCUUUCUCAUGAUUUAGAUUGAAUUAAGAUUAAGUUGUUCAGUUCCUGCUGAAUUGGGUUCUGUUUUGUUUGUAGAAAUUUCUUGGAGAAAUCUUGUAUAAAGCUACAAUUCCUGGAUCACAACAUCUUGAACCAGAUGUUGAACAAAGCUGUAUUCUCUGUACUAUCAUCACCAUUACGUAACAGAAACUUCUUCCUUAAUUUGAUCAGUAAAUCAACAACAUUCACAAAUCUUGAGCAAAUUCAUGCCCAACUUUACAUCAACAGUUUGAAUUCUGAUGUUAUAACAGUCACUAAGUUCACUCAAAAGCUUUGUGACAUUGGAGCUAUACACUAUGCUAAUCUGCUUGUUUCCACAACAUCAAAUCCUGAUCUUUUCCUUUACAAUGUCCUUAUUCGUGGGUUUUCUGUUAACCAUUUAUUCUCUUCUUCGGUUUCAGUCUAUUCCCAAUUGCGACGAAACACGACACUAAAGCUUGAUCAUUUCACUUAUGCUUUCGUUAUUUCUGCUUCUGAAUCACUCGGGCAUGAAAGGAUUGGUAUGUUACUUCAUGCUCACUCGAUCAUUGAUGGGUUUGGUUCUGAUAUGUUUGUUGGGUCUGCAGUUAUUGACAUGUAUCUUAAUUGUUCCAAAAUUGGAUUUGCAUACAAAGUGUUUGAUACUGUGCGUCAAAGAGAUACAGUGUUGUGGAAUACUAUGAUAUCUGGUUUGGUGAAGAAUUGCUGUUAUGUUGAAUCUAUCCGUUUAUUUCGUGAUAUGGUUGGUAGUGUUACUCGAUUUGAUUCCUCCACUUUGUCUGUCAUUCUUCCUGCUGUUGCGGAGUUGCAUGAUUUGAAGAUGGGGAAGGGAAUGCAAUGUUUAGCUAUUAAAGCAGGGUUGAAUUCUCAUGUUUAUGUUCAAACCGGUCUUGUUUCUCUUUAUUCAAAAUGUGGGGAUGUAUCCACUGCUAGAUUGCUGUUUGAACAGAUCACGAAACCAGAUUUGGCAUGCUAUAACGCAUUGAUUUCCGGGUAUACAUGUAAUGGAAAAACUGUGUCUUCAGUUAAUCUUUUUAAAGAACUGAUGCUUUCAAGAGAGAAGGUGAACUGUAGUACAAUUGUUGGACUUAUUCCAGUUGGUUCACCUUUUGGCCAUCUAAAUUUGACGUCCACCAUCCAUUCUUUUUGUAUCAAAAAUGGAAUUAUAGGAAAAUCAUCUGUUUCAACCGCAAUAAUCACAGUAUAUAGUAGGUUAAAUGAGAUCGAAAGGGCUAGAAAACUUUUUGAUGAGUCACCUCAGAGACCCUUGGAAGCUUGGAAUGCUAUGAUAUCAGGUUAUACUCAGAAUGGCUUGCCUGAAAUGGCAAUAUCACUUUUUCAGAAAAUGCAAAAAGGCGAUCUUUGUCCAAAUUCUGUUACAUUUACUAGUAUCCUAUCAGCAUGUGCACAACUUGGAGCACUUAGUCUAGGAAAGUGGGUUCAUGAACUAAUAAACAAGGAGAGAUUAGAAUCUUGUGUAUACAUUUCAACUGCUUUAAUUGACAUGUAUGCGAAGUGUGGAAGUAUAACCAAGGCUCGGGAAUUGUUUGAUGACAUGCCAGAGAAAAAUGUGGUGUCAUGGAAUGCUAUGAUUACGGGUUAUGGCCAUCACGGGCUUGGAAAUGAGGCAGUGAGCCUUUUCAACAAGAUGUUGGAGUCAGGAAUUUCUCCAAGUAGAGUGACAUUUCUUUGUGUUUUAUAUUCUUGUAGUCAUGCUGGCUUAGUUAGUGAAGGAAAUGCUAUUUUUCAUUCAAUGGUUCAAGAUUAUCAUUUGGAGCCAGUAGCUCAGCAUUAUGCCUGCAUGGUUGAUCUCUUUGGCCGGGCAGGACAACUAGAUAAGGCUUUGAAGUUUAUUGAGAAUAUGCCUGUCAAACCCAGUUCAGUCGAAUGGGGAGCAUUACUUGGUGCAUGCAUGGUUCACAAAGAUACAAACCUGGCACGCAUGGCUUCCGACAGGUUGAUUGAGUUAGACCCAGAAAAUGUGGGGUACUAUGUGUUGCUUUCCAACAUUUAUUCAGCUGAUCGCCACUACGAAAAUGCUGCUUCUGUUCGACAAGUAGCCAAGAAGAGAAGGCUAACAAAGAUACCUGGGUGCACUUUAAUAGAGGUAGGUGGCACCCCAUAUGUCUUUAAAUGUGGUGAUCGCUCCCAUCCACAAACAGCUGCAAUAUAUGCGAAGCUGGAGAAGUUGAUGGCGAAAAUGAGGGAGGCUGGGUAUCAGCCUGAGACUCUGACAGCAUUGCAUGAUGUUGAGGAGGAAGAGAAGGAAUUCAUGGUGAAUGUACAUAGUGAGAAGUUAGCUAUAGCUUUUGGGCUUAUAUGUACAGAGCCAGGAACUGAAAUCAGGAUCUUCAAGAAUCUAAGGGUUUGUUUGGAUUGUCAUACGGCAACCAAAUUCAUCUCUAGGAUCACUGGAAGAACCAUUAUUGUUAGAGAUGCCAAUAGGUUCCACCAUUUCAAAGACGGAAACUGUUCUUGCGGAGAUUAUUGGUGAAUUUAAUGUGACUGUUCAGAUUAAGUUAUGUGGCAUGCUCUAAAGUAGGUGAGACACUUCUGUUUACCAUUUCUUUGAAGAAUAUUCUGUAUACAGCAUGCCAUAUGAUUGCACCCGUUCCAAUCAUGGCUAGAAUAAUAAAGUGACUAAGCUUAUUUCCAUGGCUGCUUGUAGUUGUGCUUAAGUGACUAAGCUGUGAUGCCUUCUCUUGUUAUACGUGGGUCUAGUGCCAUUCAUUACAUCUCGUCAUGACAGUGCGGGAUAUUUUAAUGUGUAUGGAGAUUAUCUCCAUGGCUUGACAUUGGCUCUGGCUAUUAUUUUGAAAGGGUUAUUAUUAUAAUUAACAUUGACAUGCAUGUCUUGUCUUUCUGUUCCAUGUUAAUUUAUGGGCAUUGAUUCCAUACCUUACAGAGAUAAGUGAUUAAUGAUGGUGAUCACAUAUUACACACUACCAUUUAAUAUGUAAUUGAGAAUUCUGCUGUUGCACAAAUUUGUUAGCUUGGAUUUCUUCUUUUAUGAAGAUUUGAGGGUUUUAUUUUGUUUUGAACAGCUUAACUUUUUUUGCGAGCUUUUUUAAUAGCUCAAAGACUACAUCCAGUGUUGCAGUAAUUAGUCUUUUGAACUUCAGCAGGGCAACUAGACUUGUUCAACCAACUCCUGGUUAGUUUUUUCUUGCCUUAAUUUUUUUUACUAAUUAUGGGGAAAAUGAAUUGAGCAUUUCAAAAUUGGUGUAUUAUGGCAUUUUCUUUGUCUUCUCAAAUUUGACAGUUCAGCUUCUAGGAUUGAGCAUGUAGCUCAUGAAAUAACGAGAUUUUCACAAUGCACAAAUCAUUUUGAGAAGAUCCAUGGACCAUUACCAACCUUUCUUAGAAGGGUGGGUGAAUUUUGUUUUACUUUCACGGCAAAAUCUAUACUUCCUCUUAAAAGCCAAAACAAUUUAAACUCUAUUUAAUAAUUAUUUAGUUAGCUUAAUGGUUGAGUUUUCAUUUUUACCCUUGUAAUAUAAUUUGAUUCCCAUCAACAUAACGGAUUAAUUCUAUAUCCUUUAUAGCUUAUAGGAAUUCUCUAGCCUACUCCUAAUUAAAAAUUUAAUAUUUUCAGGAAUUUUAUGCAUUCAAUGAUUGUAAUUUAAGGAAUUGUUAGUAUUUCAUAUUUUCAUUUUAAUUAGACUAGAUUGUAACGAUUUUAGAUCUUGUGCGUUUGCAUGAGAUGCAAACUAUGGUUUCUUAAUAACUCACUUCCAUUGCUAUGUUUAUGUUUCACUCUUAGAAUUGUAUUUACAUCAAAUGUAUGUAUAUAU